AUGAAAAAAAGUAAUAAUAAUCUAUCUCAGCUUGAUUAAUAUGAAAUGAGAAGGGAAAUAAUGAAAUAGCAUAUGAAUAAACUAUUAGAUAAUAACGAAUGGUAUUAUUAAUAAGUCCGUGGAGGCUUAGUAUGUGGAUUUUGCCUACGCCCAAAGAGAAAUUUGAUACCAGAUUACAAAAAAGGAGGUUAGUCAUUAUAUCAAAAAGAUUUCUAACCUUUUAAAAGUAAUACUAGAGUUCCACGAGUAAAUGGUGAUCUAUAUAAUGGAUUUUAUAGCAAAUAACCUAUGGAGUUAUCCACAAUAAAUAGAAGCGAUUAUGUACCACACCCUAUUGAAGCAUAAAAAUAACAUAAAUCGAAAGAAUUACAAAAAUUCUUGCCUUUUAGUGACAUUUCUAGUUAUAAAAAUACUUUCUUAGAUUGGGGUUCAAAUCCAGUUUCCCUUGUAAAGCCUCCGGCACAUCCUACAGUUAUAAAAGAAUUACCUUUUGUUGGUAAAACUACUUAUGGUGAUACAUUUAAAGGAAAACCAGCUGAUAAUGAUAAUGAUAGAGACAAAAUAAUAUAAAUGUCUAAAAAAGGAUAGUUUAAAAAUCCGAUAAGUCCAGAUUUUCCUUUCUUGUCUUAAACUACAAAUUUAAGCACUUAUUUACCUUAGACUGUAGAUUAUAAAAAAUAUAAUCCUAAUAUAAUAAAAGGAAGAUAAGUGCCUGCUUUUGAUGGUUAGUAUUUAACUACCCAUAAGAAAGAUUAUGAUGAUAAAAUGAAAGAUCAUGAGUUUUGUAAUAAAAGAAAUUGUAUUAUUUGUGGGAGAUUAAUGUGAAAGGAUAUUUGGAUUAAAACUUUAUUUUAUUUUAUAUUAGAUUAUAUUAUUUUUUGUUUUUUUUAGUUUAUAUAUAUUUUAGUUAUUUU